AUAUCUUAUCAGUACCGAUCGAGACAUCAUGUCCGAUUCGCUUGAAAGCAACGUCAUGCUUAAUUCGCGUUAUUCUUUGAGUGACGCGAUUAUUCCGUCCGUUUCGUAAGUUUGGAUUCUUUAUAUCCGUUUCAAAUCUGAAAAGUCAGUCAGUUUGAGAAAGUAUCUACGUCCUCAAUUUUACAUUUAAGAAAAUUAUGCUCCUUCUCGAAAUAUAAGUUUUCCUUUCAAUUCCGAAAACUUCGAAUAUUGUGAUAAAAUAUUUAAUUAUUUAAAGUGGCAUUUAUUUUACUGUGAUAUAUACGUAUAUUAAAUAUAAAACGUUAAUUAACUUUAAACACAUCAAAGGAAUUGUAACCUAUUUAUUUCGAACGUAACUUGAGAUAUUCUUCGUAAAAGAUGGAGUUCCCACACCUAGGAGAGCAUUGUUCAGAGAACAGCUGCAAUCGAUUGGACUUCUUGCCUCUUAAAUGUGAUGCAUGUUCUGCAAUCUUUUGUUCCGAACACAUAUCAUACAAUAACCAUAGCUGCCCAAGUGCUUAUAAAAAAGAUAUUCAAGUUCCAGUAUGUCCACUUUGUAAUGCUCCAGUGCCUAUAAAACGUGGUGACCCUCCAGAUAUUGCAGUUGGGCAGCAUAUUGAUGACGAAUGUCAAUCAGAUUUGAGAAAACCUAGCCAGAAAAUUUUUUCUAAUAGAUGCUCCUCAAAAGGUUGUAAAAUUAAAGAAAUAGUUCAAGUACGUUGUUCCGAUUGCGGUAAGAAUUUCUGUUUAAAGCACAGACAUCCAACGGAUCACGCGUGUAUAGGCCAGGAGGAGAUGAUACGGAGAAAACGGCUCGAUGCCGUAGAAAAUAAUAUGACAGUAAAUAGGAGAAAUGGCGAAAUCUUCAAGAGUUAUCAAGGCAGUAUGAGCGAAGACGAAGCUCUCGCGAGAGCUCUCCAAGCUUCGAUGCAAGAGGCAAAUACUGCUAAACAAACGCUCGAGGCUGUACCUUCUGGAAAUAGAGAUAGGUGUAGACUCUCGUAAUUCCAUACAAUUUAAUCUUAAUUCUAUGCAAACUUUUGCAAUCGCUCUAAGAUACGUUCUUCAGCUGCAUAAAUGUAGAGAAAUUGUUAUAUCUUUCAGAGAUUUUCUUGCGAUAAAAGCAAUCUAUUGACUAUAAAUUUCCAUAUAAUUCAGCUUAACGUAUAACUUAACCAUUGAACUUUCUAUAUCAAUAUUUAAAGAAGAUAAACUUUUAAGGUUUAUUCAUAGAUCAUUUCAAUUCAUAGGUAUAUGGACUGUAACAGUUAUACCUUUUGUACAAAUGUAAAAUAUAUAUAUGAUAUUAAUUAAUUACAAAACUCAACAUUGCACAAUGUUUAUAUUAUAAUAAGAUUGUUUUAAUCUUAUAGCGAUCUGAAUAAUCAUUAGCAACAUUACCUGCCGAAUAUGCGUGAUUUUAGAAAGAAUAUUAAAGGGCAGCCUCAAAGAAGAGUGCCUUAAUAUUAUGUAAAUCUAAAGUCCAGUAAUUUUCAUCUUCUUUACAUAAUUUCUUCCUCUAAGGAAAUUUUUAAUUCCCCUAUCUUAAUUUAUGUAAUUGGUCUAAAUAUUAAGACCUUUAGUGUCUGAUUUAUGGUUCCUUAUUUCAUGUAAAUUGUCAUCUAUGGACUUAUAAUAAUUAGCAUUAUGGAAUCACCAUCAAGAGAAUCCUGUAACAAUCUUGUGAGCUUAUUGUCUUUAUAAUCAACAUAUGUUGUAGAAUUCUCUGAUUGAAAUAUGAUAUAUCCUAAUGCUAAUAAGCUUUUACUUAUAUUAAAUCCAUCCUUAAACUUUGCACCAA